UGUAUGUAUGGUGUAAUGGUAUGUCACAGUUAAAAUAUUUUUAAUAUUUUGACAUCCAUCUUUUAAGAAAAAUUGUCUUGAAUAUUCAAGAAAAUGGGUUCAGACGAUGAAGAUUUAGAAUUUUUACGAUUAGCAGCAUUAAAAUCACGGAAACGAAAAUUGGAAAACUGCAAUACAGCUGGAUCUGUAACAAUACAAAAUAAUUCAUAUAAAAAAUAUGAUGGAAAUAAUAAAAAUUUCAAACGUAAUAAAACAUUGAAGGGACAUCGAGUUGGUCGUGGGGGCAUCAAUAGAAAUAACAAUUCAAAUCCUCGAGUCAAUACAAAUUUAAUUGCUAUCCCAAUAGCGGCCGAUAGCACAUCAAAUUCAGUGCCAACCGAAAGUAAAGUAGAUACCACAACAGAUUCGAAAGAAGAAAACAAUUCAAAAUUUAAUCGCUACGAUCAUUCUGAUCAAUCUGAAAGCGAAUCUGAAACCAAUGAUAAAUCAAAUUCAUCCGAUAAUGAAUCAGUUAAAGAUCGUUCAGAGCGCGGUGACAGUCUGGACCGGCUAUUGGAUGAAUUAGAGAAUGAAAUCGCUGGUAAUGAAAAAAUACUCGAUAAUCCUCAAGCAGAACCUAAAGCUAAGGACAAACCAAAAACUGCCAAAACUGUAAAAAAAUUAGAUAAUAAGUCUCCAACAGACAAGAAUGAAAAGACUUCGCCGAAAAGUUUGCCAAAUUCCGAAAAGAGCGAUGCAAAAGUUAAGAAAAUUGAAGAACCCUCAGUGAAAACUGAAACUGUAGAUAAAAAACCAUUAGAAAAGAAAGCAAUUGAUGAAAAACCUCCAAAUGAUAAAAUUACCAAAGUGUCUCCAGCAGAGGAAAAAUUACCUAACGAAGAAGAGUUUAAAGACGCUGCUAAAAGACGCACGCCCCCUCCGCGUAAAUCCCCACCUCCACGUAAAAUGUCACCUGUACGUAUGGGGUCACCUUUACGUAAGACGUCACCCCUACGUAAGACAUCACCACUACGUAGAGGGUCACCACCACGUAAUUUAUAUCGGCCAAAAAGUCCAUUAUACCGACGAGGACCUUCUCCAAAACGACCAGCACCACCUUUAUCUCCUUUGCGAAUCAACACAGAAGUACUAAAUACAAUAACAAUGGCACCUUUAUCACCAAGAUCUGCAGCGUUUGUUUUACAAAAUCGUGAAAUUCUUGCAAAACGAAAACUAUCACCGUCUCGUCGAUCAAUUUCAUCCUCUUCAAGUACCUCAUCUUCGUCGCCGUAUCGAAGCCCACUUCGUAAACGUUCAAUAUCACCAUAUUCACGGCCACGAUUUACAUAUUCCCCGCCUCCUAGGCGAUAUAGCCCUCCUCCUCGGCGAAGAUCAAUAUCUCCACAACGAAGUGAUUUACGGCGAAGAUCACGUACACCACCCAGCAAUGAUCGAAAUUAUAAACGUCGAUCAUUUUCACCGCGACCAUUUGGACGUAGUCCAUCUCCCGCUCGAAGAAUUGUUAAAAAGAGAUCAAAUUCGCCAAAAGGUGGGAAAAUUUCAUCUCCAUCGAAUAAGUUUAACGUUUAUAAUCGAUUGGGUUACAAGGGCUCUAAACCUCCACCAAAAUAUGAGAAGAAACUUCCGCCAAGAAAUGAUUCUCCAAGAAAUAAUUCAACAGAAAAAGUGUCUGCUCCGGUGGAACCAAAAGAAGCUUCACCGAAAACAUUUACAGAUCCUGUUCUCGAAGCAAGGCGGCGUAAAUUUGAAAGUAAUAAACCAAUUGAAGUUCCUGGAGACGGCGUUAUUAAAAUUAAACUUAACAAAUCACCCGUUGAAAAGGAAAAUGAAAUUGAAAAUUUAAAUGAAAUAGAAAAUGAAAAUGAGAUGAUUAGUGAAACAGAGGAUCUCUUUGAAGAAGAAAAUAGUAACACGGGAUUAGCAGAUUUAUGGUCGACCGACGAAAGUGAUAAUGAAAAUGAAGGUCGAUUUAAAACACAAUCUACAAAUUCUAAUAUUGUAAGACCAAUACGAACAGUGAAUAGGACGGUAUCGUUAGAAAAAUCAGGUCCAUUAAGUAUUAAAAGUCGUGAGACACGUGAUAAAACUAGUGAUACCCGACGACGCCAUAUUGAUUCACGUAAACGUAAAAUUCAUAAAUCAUCAAACGAUGAAGUAGUUCAUAAAAAAUUUAUAGUUAAGGACUCGAAAGAGAAAUUAAGUAGUCGAGUGGUUGAACAAAACGAUAGUAAGAAAUCCAGUGAUUCGACUCCAGCGGUAGCACCGACUGUUGAUGUAAAAUCAACAAAUAAUAUGCGUAUUGUGAUAAGUGAAAAACCAACGAUAAAUAUUAAAGAAAAUCGUAAAGUAACUGAAGUGAUAACGACGGCAUCGUCAUCACCGCCCCCACCCCAACAACCAUCUUCGAAGGUUGUUAAGACUGUUAAGGAGGAGAAGAAUGUUAAAGAAGAGAGUAACGAUAGCUUUGAACCAGAAAUUGUUUACGAUAAUGAAAAUGAGGAAACAAAUACAACAGAAGCAACACAAAAUUCAGAUGAUCUCAGAACAGAAUUAAGUAGGCGACGAGCUGAAAGAAAAACACUUUCGUCUCAAUCACACCAUCAUCACCAUGGUUCUUUAAAAUCUGGUCCACCAACACGAUUAUUACGAAAUGCAUUUCAAGAAAUGUCGAAGAAGUCACUUACAUCAUUAUCAGCAUUUCAGAAAUCCAGUAAAGGUUUGAAAAAAGAACGAAUAGGAAAAUUACCAAUACAUAUGCGUUUGGGUAAAACAUGUAAAACAGAAGAUGAACCAUUAUCGUCACGAUCAAGACACAAGGAAUCAGAUGAAAAUGAUAGUGAUGACGAUGAAAAUGAUAGUGAUGAUGAAUUUAGUCAAUCAUGCAAUGAAUUAAAAUCAAUUAUUAAAAAUAAAUCAUCAACAUCCAGAUUACAGAGGACGGAAUUACCUUAUAAAGGACGGAAAAAACGAAUGUUUGGUUUACAGGUGUGAAGAAAAUUCAUCAAUUUAUUAAAAAAAUUAUAAAUAAAAU